UCCAGCAGCUCCUUCCACCACACACAGUCGCACUGCAGAAACUCUUCAUGUCUCCUGUCCUUGGCUUCCUUCUUACAGAUGUGAUAUACAGAUAUGUGUGAAGAUUUCGAGGGGGAUGCACAGUGGAUGUUGAUCUGACGUCUCCUCCAAGCCACAGUUCUUCUCCUAUAUGGAUCUACCAUGGUGCCAGCUGACUGGGGAGUACUUACAGGAAGCCAUUGUCCUUUGCUCCGCCCCUCGGGAUGUGAUGAAUACGUUGUAUCAGCAUGAAGUUUCUCAGUUGUCAUAAAGGAUCCACUCUCCUCCGGCUGCCGGGACCUUGUUCCGGAUCCAGUGGACAUCACGCCAACACCAGCGACACCCUGGAUGAGCUGGUAUAAUUUAUUCCUGCAACCUCCCAGACCAAGAUAACCUGUUCAGUCAGCUGGAGCCCCCUGCGGACAGCUGUCUCCCUUUUAGCUGAUGGAAAACUGCCACUAGCCAGUGAAUAGAAGGAGGAUGUAGCAGAGCCUGACAAUACACACACAGCAUCAGCAGCACCGGCUCUAUGCUCCUCUAUUGUUCCUUGGUGUUAAAUGGUUUCUCCUGCUCAUCUGGCCUGCACAAUAGCUGGAGAGCUCCCUGCUCCUCACUGCUGACACAAUAAAGGACAACUGAGGGCUAAACACCAUCUCUAGUGGAGCUUUCCCCAUUGUCUUCGAGCUGCAACCACAUAUCCUCCUGUUCCUGAAGGCAAUGGGUCUGCCAGGGAGAUGCUCCUCACCCUUCUCCAGGUCCUGCUGUGGAGUGGUUGGGCUUCUCCUGGUCCUGGUUUUAUGGGAAGCGGAUUCACAGGGCGAACAUGACAGCAAAAGUAUCUACCUGUGGAAGACAGGUCCUUGGGGAAGAUGUAUGGGUGAUGAAUGUGGUGAGGGAGGAGUUCACUCAAGGGUGGUCUGGUGUGCGCACACCGAAGGGUGGACGACUCUCGCCACAAACUGUAAACAGACAGAUAGGCCGGAAAAUCAGCAAAACUGUUUUCGAGUUUGUGACUGGCAUAAAGAACUCUAUGAAUGGCAGCUGGGUAGUUGGAACCAGUGUGCACCAGUUGCCUCAAGGUUAUCAGAGAAACCAACAGAAUGCACAAAAGGCGAGGAAGGAAUUCAGACGCGAGAAGUCGUCUGUCUACAGAAAGCCACUGGGAUGGCGGCAGAUGACAGUAUAUGUGACUACUUCGAAUCCAAACCCCGGCUAGAACAAGGUUGCCUUAUUCCCUGUCCUCAGGAUUGUAUUGCAUCAGAUUAUUCUCCGUGGUCGGAAUGCUCAAAAACAUGUGGCAAUGGAUUAAAGCACAGGACACGCUAUGUGGUGGCCAUGCCACAAUUUGGUGGCUCCGGUUGUCCUAACCUAACCGAAUUUCAGGUUUGUCAAGGUUCUCCUUGUGAAGGAGAAGAAGCAAUGUACAGUCUGAACGUUGGACCUUGGAGUUCCUGCUCGAUACCGAUUUCUAGACAUGUAAGACAAAUCGGGAAGAGGGGUAAAAACAGAGAACGAGCAAAAGAAAGAGAAAAGAUCAUGAAGGACCCAGAAGCUAGAGAACUCAUUAAGAAGAAGAGGAUCCGAAACAGGAAGAAUCGCCAGGAAAACAGAUACUGGGAUAUACAAAUCGGGUAUCAGACACGACUGGUGACCUGCAUGCACAAAAACGGAAAAACUGCUGCUCUAAGCUUUUGUGAGCAGGAGAAGUUGCCGAUCACUUUCCAAGCCUGUGUGGUAGAUAAAGACUGUCAAGUAUUGGAGUGGUCAGAAUGGAGUUCUUGCUCUACGGAUUGUAAUUCAUCUCCUCCUAGCGGCCAUCGGACAAGGAAAAGGACCAUCAAACAGCUGCCCGUUGGGCUAGGGAAGGAAUGUCCAGAGUUGGAGGAGAUGGAAUCAUGUUCUCCACCACCAGAAGGGUUACAGGCAUGCAUCAAGUAUGCCUGGAGAUCCACGGAAUGGACAGAAUGUCGGGUUGAUCCACUGCUUAAUCAGCAGGACAAAAGAAGAGCAAACCAUACGGCGCUGUGUGGUGGAGGAAUUCAGACACGAGAAAUCUAUUGUGUACAAGCGAAUGAGAAUCUACUUUCAUACCUCAAUACAGUAAAAGACAAGGAAGACAGCCAUGCUUAUGGCACAUCGAAGUCCAGCGAGGCACCGCUCUUGUCAAUUACUUUUGAAAUCACAGCAUCAAAGCCAGUGGAUAACAAGCUGUGCACCGACCCGCCAUUAAGUACCAGUCAACUUUGCCAUGUACCAUGUCCGAUAGAGUGCGAAGUGUCCGCAUGGUCUGCAUGGGGACCAUGUACAUUUGAGAAUUGUGAUGACCAGCAGAGUAAAAAAGGUUUCAAGCUUAGGAAACGUUACAUCACGAAUGAGCCCACCGGUGGGACUGGAAACUGCCCUCAUCUAAUAGAAGCCAUUCCAUGCGAGGAACCAUCAUGUUACGACUGGAGAUUGGACAGACUGGAAGAAUGUAUCCCUGACAAUGGAAAUAACUGCGGGAGUGGAACACAAGUUCCUCUCGUCACGUGUAUCAACAGCGAUGGAGAAGAGGUGGACAGACAACAAUGUAGAGAUGCCAUAUAUCCAAUCCCUAUUGCCUGUGACGUUCCGUGUCCCAAUGAUUGUGUCGUGAGCUCUUGGUCUGAAUGGUCGGCCUGUUCUCAUACCUGCUCUGGAAAAACUACGGAAGGACAGCAGACGAGAUCCCGCACAAUCCUCGCUUAUCCCGGUGAUGGAGGCGUUCAGUGCCCAGAAAGUAACGCUCUGCAGGAGAUUCGCAGCUGCAAUGAGCACCCUUGUACGGUCUAUCACUGGCACACCGGCCCCUGGGGCCAGUGCACUGAGGACGUUUCUGUGUCUGUCUUCAACUCAUCCAAUUGGAAUGGCGAGGCCGCGUGUGCUGUUGGGAUGCAAACAAGGAAAGUCAUCUGUGUGAGAGUCAAUAUUGGACAAGUUGGACCUAAAAAAUGUCCGGAGAGUCUUCGACCUGACACGAUGAGGCCUUGCUUGCUGCCGUGCCGUAAAGACUGUAUCGUCACCCCAUAUAGUGACUGGACACCCUGUCCUACCACCUGCCAGGAAGGUGCCAUCACCGUAAAGAAGCAGACUCGCCACCGUGUCAUCAUCCAGUACCCGUCCUAUGGAGGCCGCGACUGUCCUGACACGUUACACGAGGAGAACGAGUGUGAGCCCCCCGCCGCCUGUCACACGUACAGGUGGAAAACUCAUAAGUGGAGAAGAUGCCAGCUGGUUCCUUGGUAUGUCAGACAAGACAGCCCCGGAGCUUACGAGACGUGUGGACCUGGACUGCAAGCAAGAGCUAUUACUUGUCGAAGACAGGACGGAGCACAAUCAGACAUUAUGGAAUGCCUUAAACAUGCUGGACCUUUACCACCUUUAACCCAGCUAUGCCAGAUACCAUGCCAGGAUGACUGCCAAUUUACCAACUGGUCCAAAUUUACACCAUGUCAUGGAGACUGUGGAGCAGUCAGGACUAGAAAGCGAUCUCUUCUUGGGAAGAGUAAGAAAAAAGACAAAUGCAAGAAUCCCCAGCUGUACCCAUUGAUAGAGACACAGUUCUGUCCAUGUGAUAAAUACAACGCUCAACCUGUGGGCAACUGGUCAGACUGUAUUCUUCCAGAAGGUAAAGUUGAGGUUCUUCUUGGGAUGAAAGUUCAAGGAGACAUCAAGGAAUGUGGUCAAGGAUAUCGUUAUCAAGCCAUGGCAUGCUAUGACCAGAACAACCGGCUGGUGCAAACCUCAAGGUGUAACAGCCAUGGUUACAUAGAAGAAGCGUGCAUUAUCCCCUGCCCCUCUGACUGUAAGCUCAGCGAAUGGUCCAACUGGUCACGAUGCAGCAAAUCAUGCGGAAGUGGAGUCAAGGUUCGAUCCAAGUGGCUACGAGAGAAACCUUAUAAUGGAGGGAGGCCCUGUCCAAAGCUGGACCAUACCAAUCAGGCUCAGGUGUAUGAAGUGGUCCCGUGUCACAGUGACUGCAACCAGUACGUGUGGAUCACAGAGCCGUGGAGCGUGUGUAAGGUCACCAGCAUUGACCUCAAGCAGAACUGCGGGGAAGGGGUCCAGACCAAGAGAGUCCGAUGCAUGCAGAACACAGUGGACGGUCCCGCAGAUGUCGUAGAGGAUUAUCUCUGCGAGCCGGAAGAGAUGCCUCUAGGAGCCAGGAAUUGCAAGUUGCCUUGUCCUGAGGACUGCGUCAUGUCGGAGUGGAGUGAAUGGAGCAAGUGUCCUUUGCCUUGUGAUGGAACCAGCUUUCGCGAGCGGUCAGCCGUGCCCAUUCGACAGGCAGCGGAAGGCAAAGUCUGCCAUAUUGCCGCCGAAACCGAACCUUGUGUCUUGAACAACAACUGCUUCCAUUAUGAAUACAAUGUAACAGAUUGGAGCACAUGUCAGCUAAGUGACAAAGCUGUGUGUGGGAAUGGGAUCAAAACCAGGAUGCUGGACUGUGUCCGUAGUGAUGCCAAAUCAGUGGCCUUGAAGUUCUGUGAAGAGCUCGGUUUGGAGAAGACCUGGCAGAUGAACACGUCCUGCGUUGUCGAAUGCCCUGUAAAUUGUCAACUCUCGGACUGGUCUCUAUGGUCGAAGUGCUCAGCAGAUUGUGGACUCUCAGGGAAGAUGACCAGGAGGAGGACAGUGAUCCAGCCUUUCCAAGGAGAUGGAAGACCUUGUCCUUUCCAGAUGGAGCAAUCCAAGCCAUGCCCAGUCAAGCCGUGCUACAAGUGGCAGUAUGGCCGCUGGUCCCAGUGCAGGGUGGAGGAUGCUCAAUGCGGUGAAGGCACCAGAUUCAGGAACAUCUCUUGUGUAGUUCACAAUGGAUCCUGGGAAGAUGCCGGAAAAUUGGUCGAUGAGGAGUUUUGUGGAGAAAUCGAACUGAUGGUGGAUGGAGAUGAGAACAUUAUACUGGAGGAGUCCUGCACCGUGCCGUGUCCAGGUGACUGCUACUUAAAUGAAUGGUCUGAAUGGAGUUCAUGCCACUUGACUUGUGUCAGUAGGCAGGAUCUUGGGUUUGGAGGGGUUAAAGUGCGAUCCAGAGCAGUAAUAAUUCAAGAGCUGGAAAACCAACACUUGUGCCCAGAACAAGCCUACGAGUCCAAAUCGUGUCACGAUGGACAGUGCUUUGAAUACAACUGGUUAACAGGUCCAUGGAAAAGUUCUUCCCGGGCAGUUUGGUGUCAGCGAUCUGAUGGCUUUAAUGUGACAGGGGGCUGUUAUGAAGUACUGAGACCCGAGAGAGAGAGGGUGUGCAAUCCACCGUGUACCCAGCAGCACUCGUAUUGUACCGAGACUAGGUCAUGUGGCUGUGAAGACGGCUACACAGAAGUCACCUCCUCCGAUGGGACGCUUGACCAGUGCACUCUGAUUCCUGUAGUGAUCUUACCCACUAGUGGGGACAAGAAAGGAGAUGUUAAAACAAGCAGAGCCAUUAACCCAACCCAACCCUCCAGCAGUCAGUCAGGCUAUGGGGGCAGGACAUGGUUUUUGCAGCCAUUCGGGUCAGACGGAAAGCUGAAGACCUGGGUGUACGGGGUCGCUGCAGGUGCCUUUGUAUUGCUCUUAUUUGUGGUUUCUAUGAUCUAUCUGGCUUGUAAGAAGCCAAAGAAACCCCCGAGAAGACAAAACAACCGCCUGAAGCCAUUGACGUUGGCUUAUGAUGGGGACGCCGACAUGUAAAAGAGACGAGCAGUCUUGAACAUAUAUACAUUCCUUCUUGGAAAGUGACAAGAAAAUAAUGUCGUGAGGAUGGCGGCAGCUUAAGCACAGUCUGGAGAGAUGCAAUGUUUUUGAACCCCAAAAACAUUUAUUUUGCGGGAAACCGUCUUCUCAUAAAUGUACAUACUACUUGGUCUGUUGCAAGACUUUACCCCAUGUAACCAAUACGCAUGAACCUAUGCCAUACACUGAGAUCUCAACAACAUGGACAUCAAAUAACUUUAUUGGUGUCUCCGUUUUGGGGUUCGAUGUAAAUAUCUCUAUGACAACAAAGAUUGAUCUUCGAGACUGAUCUUCAAGAUUGAUUUUCGAGACUGACCUUUGAGGUUGAUCUUCCAGACUGAUAUUUGAGACUGAUCAUCAAGUCUGAUCGUCAAGAUUGAUCUUCAAGACUGAUCUUAAAGACUAAUCUUUGAGUCUGAUAUUUGAGAUUGGUCUUUAAAACUUAUCUUUAAGACUAAUCAUCGAGUCUGAUCUUCGAGAUUGAUCUUAGAGACAGAUCAUCAAGUCUGAUCUUUGAGAUUUAUCUUUGAGACUGACCAUCAAGUAUCAUCUUUGAGAUUCAUCUUUGAGACUGACCAUCAAGUCUGAUCUUCGUGAUUGAUCUUUGAGACUUAUCUUCAAGACUGAUCAUCGAGUCUGAUCUUCGAGAUUGAUCUUCGAGACUGAUCAUUGAGUCUUAUCUUCAAGGUUGAUAUUUGAGACUGACCAUCAAGUCUGAUCUUCUAGAUUGAUCUUUGAGACUGAUCUUCGAGACUGAUCUUAGAGAAAACACUUGAGCAGUUUACAAACCAGUCUGAACUUUAGGAAAAGUAUGGGACCACAGGACCAACCAAAUCUCACUUUUUUUGUGCCAGAACAUCAUGAAACACGUCAGCAAGAUGCAGUAUUUUUUUGUAGCUACCCUCUGAAAGUAGACGCUUGUAAAUUACACCAUGUUUCUACUUUCUCUAACUCUCCUACUCUUGCCUACAUCUCGUUUUGCUGUAUGCAAGGCGGGACUUGCACUAUAUUAGUGCAGCAUGUUAUGCACUUAUCUAGAAUUGCCAUAGAAAAUGCCUCUUUUCAUAAGGUGUCUUGUGCUAGACACACCAUUUGACAAUUGUAAAAGGAAAAACAAAAAUGGAAAACCUUGAAUGAGAGUAGAGUUUUGUGAUGGGAUCUACAAUCUGUACAUAAAUCAGCUCUUUUUCUAGUUAGAUGAAGUUGUGUCCCUUGUUUGUCAACAACCCUCCAUGUCUAGAUUUAAGACGAACCCUAUAAGUUAUUUCAGUCACAAAUUCUUGCAGCUUUUCCAUAAAUUCAUUAAAGCCCAUAGGAAGCCCCCUUUCUUUGUUGUUUUUUUAAGAAAAUAAAAAAUUCAAAAAAUAGUCCUAUUAAUUUUAAAUUGAAAAAUAAAAAUGUAUUAUGACACUUAAAGGGAUUAUCCCAAAAUAGUAAAAAGUAAGCAUCAGAUCGCAGAGGGUCCAACCCUCUAACCCCAGUGAUAUCAGAGGGAAGGAGACCUGAGUAUUUUCUCUGAAUGGAAUCCUAGUGCACAUGUCAGUCCACUGCUCCAUUCACUUCUAUGGGACUGACGGAGCUCUAUCUGUGUCAGUCCCAUAGAAGUGAAUGAAGAGGUGGACUUACGCACUAGCAUUACAUUCAAAGAGAGGACUCAGGACACCUUGUUCUCAGGAUUGCUGGAGGUUCCAGUGGUCAGACCUCCCCCCCCCCAUGAUCCAAUGGGGUUCUUUGUUUUGAACAUUCCCUACUUGCUAGAAAGGUCCCUUAAAGAGGACCUGUGACGUCUCCUGAAACGUCAGGUUUAUUAACUACCUGCAUUCCCCAUGAGAUAACAAUUUUGGAACAUAUUUUCUUACAACAGCAUGCUGUGUGGUUCCUCUAAUAUUCCUACUAUAAAUUAAUCAGUAAAUUGCCAACGAGGGUGUUACCAUUUCCCCAUUUGUCAAAGUGGUGUGUUCCUGGACAGCCAGCCAUUGCCAUUACUGAUUGGACAACGUGAGACCGUGCAGAGACACACCUCCAACUGGUAACACCCAUAAACUUCUAGUAAGAGCAAUAGAGGAAUGCUCCAGAAUUGUCAUUUUAUGUGGGAUACAAAUACAUAGUAAAAAAAGGCUUGUCACGAGAGGUGUCAGGUCCUCUUUAAACAAUAAGCUGAUCACAAAUUGUCCUCCUGCUGGAACCCCAGUGAUCUGGUGUAAUCUGUGAGGAAACAUGGCUGUACGUUUUCAAUUUCCCUGCGGCGCCACCAUAGGUGAAAUUAAAUAUUACACAGUGUCCAUUCAUAUCAGUGGGUUGUGUGUGUGUAAUGCAGGACAGGUCCUCCAGAGACACUCUUUAUAACCACUUGAUGAAGAUAUGAGGAUCCGGAACAUCGAUUUCUGGUUUAAUUUAGUUUUUAUUUAUACUUUUUCGUAAUAAUUGUCCUUUUACAAGUUACAUUCUUUUAAUUUAUUUAAUGUAAUAAUGAUAUAAUUAUUUAAUUCAAUGCUUAUUUAAUUAGGUAUGUAAGAAAUGUAUUUACACUUAUAAGUGUAAGGUCAUAUUAGAUGAAAAUAUAGAAAAGUCUAAUACAACUCAUUUAAUAAAAAUUGCCGUAAAUCAAGACACCACCAGUUGAACAGAUGAACAUUAUCUGUGUAUCUACCCAUAUAAAUCCUAAAAAAAAGUGACGUAAAUGAAUAUCUUUCGCCUCCUCUACUGACUGCCGAUCUGUAAGAACUUAGAGUUUACAUUAUUUUUUUUUUUUUUACCGUUUUGCUGAAUUUUACAUCUAUUGUAAAGUAUAAAAAGUACAGUAAGUCAGUCACAUAUUAUGGCUUACUGAACAAUACAUAUGUAUGCUUUUUAACUCUUUACUGCCUGAACCCUUAGCAUUUUAAGGGGUA